AUGCUGACAAAAUUUAAUCAAGCAUAUUCAGAAUUAAUCGGGAAACUACCUCCUUCACUAGAAAAUGAAGCUUGGAAACGUCUUAUUUCUAGAAAGCGAAAUCCAAUAACAGAAGAGGACGCUAGUACCAUUAACCCCUUAAUAGAAUCAUUUUUGAAUCACGAAGCUUGGAGACGAUUUCAAGAGAAAGAGCCAUCGAAUGCACAGCUUGCAUGGAAUAGCUUACCGAAUGAUAAUACUCCAGAUGAUAAGAAAUUUUUAGGUUUAACUCAACAUAAAAUAAAAAAUCCUCAGACUCGAGAACAAUUUAAUCAGUGGCGUACUAAAUGGAUUGAAUUAUAUAAAAACGAUCCCAUGAUGCGCAGUUCCAUUAUUAAUAGACAAUAUGAAGAAUAUUAUAUUCCAUAUAAUUGGAUAGAUUCUAAAAAGAGUCAAUUGUGGACUAGAUUCCAAAAGCGACUUUUAGAAAUAGAAGCGUAA